UAGCACAAACUCAGUUCCACUGGGAUUUCAAUAUCGACGAGUUUAGAAAUAGAACCGACCAAUUUUUGUUGUUGAUACCGUUGAAAACGUACAGAUUUUCCCGUGGCAUUCAAAUCGAAUCGCACAAUAGCAAAAAUGCUGUCGAAAGCGGUGAAACCGUCGGUCAUCAAGAACAUCAUCAACAAGGGUGCUGUAAGGACUGUGACCAGUUUGGUGCCAGGAGAACCUAAUGGACCCAGCGUGAAAACCGAGAUUCCCGGACCCAGGUCGAAGGAACUCAUCAAAGAGCUGAGCGCUAUUCAGCAAUCCAACGCCGUUCAAUUCUUCGCCGAUUAUGAAAAGUCUUUGGGAAAUUACAUCGUCGAUGCUGAUGGCAAUGUUAUGCUGGAUGCGUACACCCAAAUCUCAUCCAUGCCUUUGGGUUACAACCACCCAAAUCUUCUGAAGGUUUUCAAUAACGACAAGAAUAUGCGCACUUUGAUUAAUCGCCCAGCGCUUGGCGUAUUCCCAGGAGAAGAUUGGCCCAAGAAAUUGAAGGACGUUUUACUUGCCGUUUCUCCAAACUUACCGAACGUCACCACGAUGAUGUGUGGAUCUUGUUCCAACGAGAACGCCUACAAGAACUUGUUCAUUGCUUACCGCCGCAACGAACGUGGAGAAAACGUUAGCUUCACCGAAGAGGAAAACGCCUCGUGCAUGAUCAAUCAAGCUCCAGGUGCACCAAAGUUGUCCAUUCUCUCCUUCCACGGCGCCUUCCAUGGUAGAACUUUGGGAGUGUUAGCCACCACCCACUCGAAAGCCAUCCAUAAGCUCGACAUUCCCAGUUUCGACUGGCCCAUCGCCCAUUUCCCGCAGUACAAGUAUCCUCUGGCGGACAACGUUAGAGAGAACGCUGAAGAGGAUAAGAAAUGUUUAGCCGAAGUCGAAGAUCUGAUCGUAACUUACAAGAAGAAGGGAAUCCCAGUCGCUGGUAUCGUCAUCGAACCCAUCCAAUCCGAAGGUGGCGACAACGAAGCCUCUCCUGAGUUCUUCCAACAACUACAAAGAAUCGCCAAGAAGCACGGAGCCGGUCUUCUGAUCGAUGAAGUUCAAACAGGCGGUGGACCCACCGGAAAGAUGUGGUGCCACGAGCACUUCAAUCUGGAAACUCCUCCAGAUAUCGUCACCUUCAGCAAGAAGAUGCAAAUCGGUGGAUACUUCCACAACCUGGAAAUGCAACCGGCGACUCCGUACAGGAUCUUCAAUACUUGGAUGGGAGAUCCAGGAAAGAUGUUGAUCGUUGAGGAGAUCCUCAAAGUCGUCAAGCAGCAAAACCUCUUGGACGUUGUAAACAAGACCGGAUUGAAGUUGAAGAGUGGUUUGGAGCAGCUCCAGAAUGAAUUCCCCGCUCUUCUUAACUCCGUCAGAGGACGCGGUACAUUCUUGGCCAUGAACGCGGCCAACACAAAGCUCAGAGAUGAUCUUGUGAACAGGAUGAAGCAGAAGGGUAUCCAAAGCGGCGGAUGCGGAGAAAUCUCUAUUCGUUUGAGGCCAGCCCUCAUCUUCCAAGAGCAUCAUGCCGACAUCUUCUUGGACACCUUCAGACAAGUCUUGAAAGAAACAAAGUAAAUUAAUCAAGCAAAAUAAUGCGAUUUAAUUUAGAAAACACUGUCUUCCAAACGUCUUCCAUAAA